UCUUGAGAAAAGACAGAGUACAAAUUACAAAAACAAAUGGAGCAAUACAACCCGUGAAUCCUCGGUCUCCAUCCAUAUCUCUGUCUCCAUCCGUGCUCCCGAACGUAACACACCAACCAGACUCUUGGAGCGACGUCACAAGUCACAACCGCGCGGCUGCAUCUGCCAUGCCGACGCUCGGCAUCGCGGCGCUGCUCGACGGCUACUUCCGCCGCCGCUUCGCCGCGGCGGGCCUCGUCGAGGCGUCCGUCCCGCUAGACGGCGGCGCCACCACGGUCCACUGCUGGCGCUUCCCGCCGGAGGCCGACGGCGUGCGCCCCGUCCUCGUCCUCCUCCACGGCUUCGGUCCCCCGGCGACGUGGCAGUGGCGGGGACAGGUGGGCCCGCUCUCCCGCCGGUUCCGCCUCGUCGUCCCGGACCUCCUCUUCUUCGGCGGCUCCGGCACAACGGCAGAGGGGGCGCGCACGGAGGCCCACCAGGCCGAGGCGGUGGCGAAGCUCGUCGCGGCCGUGGCGCCGCCGGGGGCACGCGUGUCCGUGGCCGGCACGAGCUACGGCGGGUUCGUGGCGUACCACGUGGCUAGGCUGCUGGGCCCGGCCGCAGUGGAGCGGGUGGUGAUCGCCAGCUCCGACCUGCUCAAGGCCGACGCCGACGACCGCGCCCUGCUGCGCCGCGGCGGCGCCGAGCGCGUCGAGGACGUGAUGCUGCCGCGCUCACCCGAGCAGAUGCGCCGGCUGCUGCAGCUCGCCUACCACCGCCCGCGCCGGUUCACGCCGGGGUUUGUGCUCCGCGACCUCGUCCAGUAUCUGUACAGCGACAGAGUAGAAGAGAAGAAGGAGCUGAUCAAGGGGAUAACUCUAGGGAAUAAAGAGAAGUUCCAGCUCACUCCUCUGCCCCAGGAAGUUCUUGUCUUAUGGGGAGAGCAUGAUCAGAUAUUCCCCAUUGAGAAGGCAUUUGAAGUGGCAAGGAAACUAGGCGCAAAUGCUAGGUUGGAGGUCCUGAAGAACACUGGCCACAUGCCUCAGGAGGAGGAUCCGAAACGGUUCAACGAGGCCAUCCUGAACUUCUUGCUUCCAGCUUCAAAGUCGUCUUUGUGAUGUGAUAUGAAUGAUUAUUCAGGCGCGGGGAUGAUCGGAGAGUUCAUAAUUUAAGUUGCGUUUAAUUACCUAUAAUUUGUGUAGUCCGUUGUUGGUUUGACAAUAGUUACCUCCAAGAUGAAAUGGGAAAAUAUUUGAUUCA